AUGGCUCGCGGCCAGGCUAGUGUGAGAACCAUACAAGACCUUGCCAUUGACCGAGCAUUGAGAGACUUGGAAGCACAGCCGAGGUUGAAUUACCAGCAAGUGUACCAGCGCGUCGUCCGCCAUUAUGUCGACCAGGUCGUCACCGAAGGCAUGCCUCACUUCUGGAUCAGCCGGCUCAAUCUGGAGGUUGAGUUGGCGCGAGUGAUCAUCGUGGCUACCAGGAGCCCGGAAGAAUACACACGUGACUACCUGGCCACGUUGCAAGAGCUCGGAGACUCGAUGAGAACGCAUCGAGCCCGAGACUACCGCGCCGUCUGGUUGGCAGAGCUCCUCCGGGCUGGUAUCACGCUGGACGACGUUACUGUCGUCCACGAAGAUACGGACGAGUACGAGCGACGGACUGAAUUUCGGGACUGGGUGCAUGAAUGGGUGCACGGCACCCUUCACGAUGGGACCUUGGGAGACUUUCGCCCGACGGUCGCCACUGGCAAUUACAUUGCUGGUGGUUCGUCCUCGUCGGGACCCGGGGCUGAUGUUACUGUCAGCACCGGCCGUUCCCAAGUGAUCCCGUCGGCACCCGGUCCCAGUCAGCCGUGGGCUGCUGGUAAUGACACCAGCAUGCCGCCUCCGUCUGCCACCAGACGGCCCACCUCCAACCGCCUCCGAUCCGCCAACAAUCCUGUCGGCGGUGCCUCUAGUUCGCGCUGCGCUAGCGCUGCUCGCCCCACCAGGGGCAACGCGAGCGCCAACCCGCUCACCGUGCGAGUCAGCGGAGGUCGAACGACCUUCGCAAUGAACACGGCGGGCGGGUUGGUCGAAUUCGCCGAGCACCAGCGCGGCCAGCGAUGCCCGUGGACCUGCCUGCUCGGUGACAGCUUUGUCACCAAUGAGCGUGGCCGGCUCACGGGCCAUCUGCAACGCGAUCACCAGCUACGUGCGGCAGACCUCGCCCACAUGCUGGUGGACAACCCCAACGCGUCGAACUUUGAGGGGCACCUCAACAAGGACUGUUUCGCCUGGGCAAAGUAUGUCCACGGCGACCCGAGACCCUGGAAGUGUCUCCUGUGCGAGAACCACAGGGGCAUGAAGGACGGGCAGAACACUCUGGCCCGCCAUGUGAGACAAUCACAUGGCAUCCAGAUUGUUCUCCCGCGCGUGGACGAGCGGCAGCCGGGCCGCCGUCACCACUCGGGGACGUCGUCGAAGGAGUUGGCGAGGCGAGUCGAGGCCGCGCAGAGGGCGGAGCAGCAGAGGGCCGCAGACGCGGCUGCUCAAGAAGCUGCCAUGAAGGUGGGGCUACGCCUCACCUUGAUUGGCACGAAACGCUCCGCCCUCGAUGCCGGGCUCGAUGAAGAGGAGGGCGAGGAGGACGUGGAGGUGGAGGAGGAAGAGGAGGAGGACGAGGAGGCGGAGGAGGAGUAG